AUGCUAAUAAGGUCCUUUAUUCUCAUAGCUUUCGUGAGCUCGUUAAAUCUACGCAAAGAAUUAGGAAGUCUUUAUUUAACAGAAGGUGAGGAAUAUGAACUUCCUUUAUCAGACUACUUUUCUGGAGACAACUUAUCGUUUUCAAUAGCAGAUAUCAACAUGACUAAUAACUCUGCAAGAAUAGAAAAUCAAUGCGAUUUUCAUCAUUUAUCUACAACUCCCUAUGAAAAGCAAGAGAAAUCUUGGCCCUCUUGGGAUGCUCAGCCUAUUGUAAUGUGGCAAGAUAAAAAGGUUCAAGCUAUUGUGGGAUUCAACCAAAAUUAUUUAGCUAUUUAUAAAUUUUCGGUGUUAACAGAAGAAACAAAGCUUAUUUGAAGUACAACUCUAACUCCCCCCCUCCGUGAGCGAACAAAACCAUUAGAAAAAUCCUUUUUUUUGCCCAAAAACCUGCCCUCCGUGAGCGACAAAAAUUUUUAUAGAAAAAAAAAUUUUGAUAUAUAAGUAAUAAUAAUUAUUAUAAUGAAAUCUCGAGCCAAUUCUGUUUAAUUUUAAACAAAUUGUGUUUUUAAAAUAUAAAUUUAAUAAAUUAAAUUAAGAUUUGCUUUCCAAUUUUUGCAAAUUAGGAUUUUUUUAAAUUUCGAAAAAAAAAUAUUUUCUGUAAAAUUUAUAUAUAAUUGUUUUUUAAAAAAAAAUUAUCUGUGAGCGAACAAAAUUGUUUUGUUCGCUUACGGAGGGGGGAGUAAGUACAGAGCACAAAAAUUCUCAAAUUCAAGCAAUUGCGCAACUGAGAGCUAGUCAUGGUGACUAUUGUCUGGCUGUAUUAAUAAAGCAGCAAGAAAGCAAUGGUUUAUGGAGAAAUGAUAUAUAUAUGAUUAAAAUGCAGGAUAACAAUAUUUUCCACGACCCUGAAAAAUUAAAUUUAAAUGAAAUUACCUACGCUUCAAAAAUUGUAAUGGGAAAUGGAAGUUCGUAUAAGUAUUUUCCCAUCUAUUGCGAAUUUCAUAAAAACUCAAGCAUUCCUAAUGUUUUGUAUAUUUAUGGAAUAAGCAAUUUUCAAGAGCCAAUUUUAGUGCAAGCUAUUUCAAAUUAUGAGAAAAUAGCAUCUAUGAGUAGCCCUCUUUCUAUAAGAAGUAUCUUAAAAGCUGCUCAACAUAUGCACAUUUUAGAUUCAAAUUAUGGUGUAAUUUCUUUUUAUAAAACCUGACCGUUAGAAAUUUUUGAAGAAGAAUUAAACAUAAAUUUAAGUUAUUUCGGAGAACUUUAUUCAAUGGAAUUUACAGAUUUUGGAAAAAUGAUAGUAAAAGCUAGCUCAGGAAUCAUACUAAUUGAAAGAGCGGGUGGAACGCUAGGGUUAAGAAGAUUUUGGAAAAAUCCAGAAAAAGACAUAUGAAUCCAGGGAUAUGAACUUCAAAACUACUAUUUCCUUCAAUCGACUAGUGGAAUAUUGUCGAUAUUUUCCAUAUCUAAAGAAAAUCAAGUCGAAGUUACUUAUAAAAUUAAUUUGAAGAGCUUAGAUAAUCAUGGUGAUAGAAAUAUCCCACACAUACUUUGUGAUAGAGAAAAAAAUUCAUAUUACUUCCAAAGAUUUGAAGAAGAGGGACUUAAAGCUUAUAGAAUUAAUUUAAAAGAAUGAAAACUAAGAAUUGUAGGAGACUUAUUUUAUGUAAAGGUUACAGCAAAAGACUAUGAUAGCCAAGAAAUAUCAGAUAUUUUAAACGUCAUUUCAAUUCCAAAAAAUUCUGAUAAGAUUUUUGCACUAGAAGAAGGGCGGCUAAAAGUGCCUGAGCCUAUAGAUCUAUGAAUAAGUGAAAAAAACUCAAUGAUAUCAUUCUCUCCUUCCACUUAUUUUUCAGGACCAAACCUUACAUAUGAGUUUAUUUUCCCGUUAUCAGAAAAAUUCAAAUAUGAAAUUUCUAAUCUAACCAGGCUAGAACUAGAAGAAAACAUAACCUCUCCUGAUGGUCUUCGAAAUUUUCUAGUUUCUGAAUCAAUAUUUUAUUAUUUUUAUGAUAAUAAAAUUGACUUAGAAGGAAUCAACUAUUUCAGAAUCACUUUAAAUAUAACAAACCCAAUAAAAAUGUUGGAAAAUGGUGGAUAUUAUGCGGUUUAUUCAAGUCCAAGUGAAAAUAUAUUUCUUAUAUCAACCCUUUUGCCUGAUACUCGAACGAUGGGUUAGGUUUUUACACGUGGACUUCUGUACAAGGUGGUGUAAAAUGGCGAGGACUUUUUAUAUCGCCAGCCUUAUACAGCGUGUUUUACCUCUUUUUCCCCUGCUGAUAUGAAAGGCAGGACCCUUAGGCCGAACAGGCGCUGGAGGAAAGUCGGACAGAGCGAGGCAACGCGCCAAGCCGCUAGUGUUUCCCGUACUUCUGGAUUCCCAAAUGGCUUCACGGGGAUUAGAAGGAGCGAGCCGUACAGCGAGGCCCGACUCGAGUACGCGAGUAGCGACAAGACGGAGAAAAAAAAUAUGCCUUUGUGGCAUUGUGCAUCUAGGGGCCCAACUAGAGGUCGAGAGUUAAAUUAAGUAAUUAAGUAAGUAAAGAUACUCGAACGAUGAAAUUAUUAGAAGAAAUGGAAUCAGAGAUUGAUUGCAUGCUUUUUUAUUUCUAUAAUAACUGAUUACUAUGUGGAAAUAGCGAAACAAUUAAUAUUUAUAAUUGGAGUGGGUUUUGAAAAAAAGUAUUUUCUUUAACUGAAAUUAUGGAUCAAAUUAAUUUUAAGCUAGAAAUAGUCGAUGCUUUCCUUAACAAGGAUAAUGGUUUUAUUGAUAUACUUGACAGAAAUUUUGGAGUAUUUGCUAUCAAUAUGUCUGAGAAGCAAAUCUCAAUUAAAUUCGCAUUAAAAACGAAAGGAAUAUUUAAAAUUUUGAUACUAGAAGAAAGAAAAAUGGGGUUUAUUUACAAAGACAAAUUUGAAAUUUAUAAUUACCUUUUUCAACUUGAAAAAACUAUAUUUUUUAAAGCAGUGGGGCCACUUACAAAUGCUUUUGUGCAUCGUUCCAUUAUUUUUAUACAAAUAGGCGCAAUUUUUUAUGUAUACAAUCCAAGUCUAUUGUCACAUGAUGCAUUAGUCUAUUCAUUUGAAAUCCAGGACCCAGGGAUCAUUUCUUGUGGAUGAUAUCGUUGAAAUGAGUUAUUGAUUACCAAUUAUAAUCCAGAUGCAAAACUUAUUGAAAUAUACAAGAGCUCAUUUCCAAGUAAGAAAGUUUUUCCUCCUGUUUAUGAAAUUAACAUAAUUGCUGAUGAUAUUGAUAGUUUACAAAGCUCAUGGUAUCAAGAAAAUUUUUCAGUGAUUGCAUAUAAUGCUCAUGACAAAAUGGAAGCCAAUUUUUCAUUAUUGUUGCACGUUGAUGGGAACUUCCCAUGAAUAGAAAAUGACAAAUUAGUUAUUCAUGAAAAUCUACCUUAUAAUAAUAGGUUUGAGGUAGAUUUAGGCGACUCAUUUCAUGGACAAUAUUUAAAUAUGAGCUUAAAUAUCAAUGGAAUUAAUAUUAAUGAUCAAACAUCAGAAAUUUUACCAGCAUUCAUACCGAAAAGAGUAGAAGUUGUAGGAGAGCAUCAAGCAAAAAAUAAUUGAAUGAAAGACCAAAUUAUUAUUCCCCGCACAGAAAUAGCUUUGAUAGUCAGUGAAAAUGGUUUUCUUUUUGUGAACUCAACAGGUUUUAACGAUGAAAAAAAACUUUUGAAUAUUUCUGAACAUACUAAUCUCAAAAAGUUGACUUGCUCUUUGGUCGAAUCCUUUCCACAUACAAUUACAAAUUUGUCUUUAAUAGUUACAUCUUGCACUUAUCGAGCUUCAAGUGAUCAUCUUUUCGUAGAAACAGUGAAAGAAUUUGCUCUCGAAAAUGCACUUAUUUUGUGGGAAAUCGAUUUUAUUGGCUUAAAAAUUACUAAUUAUAGCUUAUUCAGUAUUGCUGCAGGACCAUGAUGCUUGAAAAUUGCUCCACUUACUGAACUUGACUUUGAACUAAUGGUUGCCAUGGGUGAUAAUGUCAUUUCUGAUUAUAAUGAUGUUUUAAGAUUUAGAGGAAAAUGAAUUGAAAAUCUUAUAAGCAUUCAGCUUUUAGAAACUAUAAAUUUCCUUUCAUUAGAUGUUCCAUCGUUUUCCCCUGUGUCACUUGAUUACAAGGUAAAAAAUUCUCAAACUUCUUACUGAUAUCUAGCAGACAAAAAAUAUGGAAUUAGGGUUUUAGAAACUAGUAAUAACCAAAAAAGCCAUUUGGUAGGAGAGCUUCCAUAUCUACACCAUCAUAAUUAUUUUAUAUCAUUUGGUAUUUGUGGAAAUAUUUUAUAUGUUUCUUCAUCUUUGUCAGCAAUAGUGUCUUAUAAGAUAAAAGACUAUAUUUAUUUUGAAAAAGACUCUGAUUAUAAUGUUUUGAAAGGAUCAGAAGGUAUCUAUAUUGGAGCACAUAGUCCUAUUAUAUGUUCAAUGGAUAAUCGAUAUUUUGCAGUCCACACAUUCAAUUCAAAAUCCUUAUUUCUAACUAUUUUUGAUACAAAAUCUCAAAGCAAUUCGAAUCUCUACCCUAACUUUUAUCUCUCUCUCCCUAAUUUCGCUCCGGCGGUGCUAAAAACAAGAUUUAUUACUGAAAAUGAAAUUUCUGCAAUUUUUUAUUCUAGUUUUACAUAUAAAAGACUCAAGGUAAACCAAAAUUCUUUAAUAUUUCCAAGUAUGUACAAAAUGGAGUAUAAUGAAAUGAUAAGCAAAUGGGGAACUGAGAAUUUCAGCAUUACAAUUUCUGCAGAAAAUAUGAACAAUGCUGUUAAUUCUUCCAUAAUUUAUUUUACACGUGAGAUAGAUUCAGGGACUUUAGCUCAAAGCAAUUUAUUAGAUUUUACCUAUUGACUGAUAAAAUUUUUAAUUCUUAUUGCAAUUCUAGCUGUUUUCGCAGCAAGCGUAAACUUUGCUAAAAGAAUUGGGUCAAAGCAUAAAAUAGUUCAAGCAUAUUUUGAUGAAAAAGCAUUGAAGGCAUAA